AUGGAAAUUAAGAAUAAUGUUACUGAGUUUAUUCUUCUGGGACUUUCUCAGAACAAGAAAAUCCGGAUGCUCUGCUUUUUAUUUUUCUUCCUAUGUUACAUUGCUAUAUGCUUGGGAAACUUGGUUAUCAUGAUUUCUAUCACAUGCAGCCAGCUAAGUAACCAACCCAUGUACUUCUUCCUUAGUUACCUUGCUCUCUCAGACCUUUUCUACACCUCCACGGUGACACCCAAACUAAUGUCCGAUUUACUGAUGGAAAGAAAGACAGUUUCUUAUAACAAUUGCAUGACACAACUUUUUACCACACACUUCUUUGGAGGUAUUGAGGUCUUCAUCCUCACAGGAAUGGCCUACGACCGGUACAUUGCCAUCUGCAAACCACUGCACUACGCCAUCAUCAUGAACAGGCACAGAUGCAACACAAUUCUCAUAGCGUCGUGUGCGGGGGGCCUUGUGCAUUCCCUAGGCCUAUCUCUUCUUGCAAUUUUUUUACCAUUCUGUGGCCCCAAUGAAAUAGAUCACUAUUUCUGUGAUGUCUAUCCUUUGUUGAAACUGGCCUGCACUAACACAGACAAAAUUGGUUUCUUAGUCAUUGCUAAUUCUGGUAUGAUGGGAUUGGUGAUCUUCGUAGUUUUGAUGGCCUCUUACAUUAUGAUAAUGUAUACUUUGAGAGCAUACUCUGUAGAGAGCCGUCGCAAAGCACUUUCCACUUGCAGUUCCCACAUCACAGUUGUGAUUCUGUUUUUUGUACCUGUCAUCUUUAUUUACAUUAGACCUGCAACAACUUUACCAGAAGACAAAGUGUUUACACUUUUUUACACAAUUAUUGUCCCCAUGCUCAACCCUCUUAUCUACACACUUAGAAACAUGGAGAUGAAAAAUGCCAUAAGGAAAGUGUGGUGCAAUCAAAUGUUGUGA